GAGGUCAGCCAAAUGGAGCAGACACCAGUUCCUGACGACCAGCUCUCCACCAUCCCAAAGCAGACUGGGACACACCACCAGGCGGAGGUUCAAUCAAAUGAGUUUGCCAGCGGACCCUCCACCACACCGGCCUCGGAGGAGAGCACAGACGACGACUCAGACGACAGCGCGUCGGGGACGCCGGAGGGUGAUGACCAGUCAGCCUACAGCGCGUCUGAGACGUCCAAUACCGAUGAACAGUCCGAGGAAAGCACGUCUGAGUACCGCAGCAGUUCAGCUGAGGAGGAAUCAGAUCAGGACGCCCAACAAGCUCUUUGGAGUUGCGUUGCCAUGGAUUCAACAGAGACUGGUUCGCCUCCACCGCCACGAACACUUGAGCCACAGGUGCUGGUCUCUGAAGACACACCAUGCAGGACCUUACAGGAGAUGAACAGCAGCAAGUUGGAGGAAGAUGACCAAAAAGCAGUAAAGCAUCCUCUUAAGAUGUCGCUGAAGCCAAGGAGGCUAUAUCGGUACCAUGGCGCUCGCAACCCCCAAUUAACACCAUCACCACAUGGGUCUUCAGUGAUGUGUGGAAUGAUGUGAUCACCGUUGGAAUGCAGGUAGACUUGAAUGGAGUUGGAGCGUUGCUCUGACAUCACCACGUGGCAACGAUAAUCUCACGAGAGCCAAGCGGCCGCAGGUUUGAGACACAGAGAGCGAGUUAUUACAAGAGGAUGGAGAGGGAUGGGGCGUCAACCCACAAGCCCAAAGCAGCCAAGCAAGGGCACAAAUGUCCAAUAUGUGGGCUGGAGUACGCCGACUUAACGAAGCACCUUAAACUAGGUGAACGCGUGGUCAACAGAACUGAAGUGGAACUGCUGUCUAAGCUGGCAAACAGACAAGUUUCACAGCGAGCUUGGAUUGCCCGGUACGUCACUGCGACUCCAGGAAGAUGAACAGGCUGGACAAGCACCUGCUGAAAGUGCAAAAACUGGAGAACAAAAUGGUGACACUGUACGUUCAAAAGGCAAAGGACCGUUACAUUGCGAGAGAACUGG